GUUAAAAGGACGUUUGAACCCACUCCCCACGGGGUGUCGGUUCCUCUCAUUUGCUUAUAGCCUCAUACCAAGCCCCUCGUAAUCACGUGGACCCAGCCUGUUCCUACGCUAGAUUCUCUAUAAUCAUCGCCAUGGGUAAGAAGGAUGAGGAUAUCGGCGUGGAGGCUCCAGUCCAGGACUCCUACCAUAUCGAGUCGUCCAACUCCAGCGACAUGGGCAAGAAGGAUGGCGAGGUUGCGCGGGAAUGGGCGCACGACAUCAAGCAAGGCGAUGAAGAGGCGGCCUUGAAGACGAAGCUGCAUAACCCCUUGGCUGUUUUGACGCGCGAGCAGUUGCUGAAAGAUGUCGAGCAGUUCGCUAGAGAGAAAGGUCUCGAGCACAUCCUCCCCGACCUUCGGAAAGGCGCUCUGGUGGCACAGAACCCCAAAAUAUUUGAAGAUAUUCCAGACUUGAGCGAGGAGGACAAGAACCAUCUCCGCAGGGAAAAAACGCACCGUUGGCAUCAGCCGUUUAUGAUGUACUUUAUGACCAGUAAGUCCUUUCCUGCUCAGCCAUCGUCCAAGGAAUGGAUCAAACUGCCGUCAACGGAGCGCAGGAGUAAGACUGGUUUCACAGCGUUCGCGUAUAUUGCUGACGACAAUCUUAGGUAUUACUUCCCUGAAUUUGGCGUCACCAACACCUGGCUCCAGGGUCUUAUUAACGGUGCUCCGUACCUUUGCUCAUGCCUGGUUGGAUGCUGGACAACCGCACCUCUGAACCGCUACUUUGGCCGCCGCGGGUGCAUCUUUAUAUCGUGCUUCAUCUCCUUCGCAGCCACGUUCUGGAUGUGCGCCGCCCACACGUGGUGGAACCUCUUGCUCGGCAGAUUCAUGCUCGGUCUCGCGGUGGGUGCAAAGUCUACCACGACGCCGGUCUAUGCAUCGGAGUGCGCUCCUACAGCUAUCCGCGGUGCUCUUGCAAUGCAGUGGCAGACAUGGACUGCUUUUGGAAUCAUGCUGGGUUAUAUCUCGUCUGUAGCGUUCAUGAAUGUCCAGAGUGACACGCUCCAAGGCCUCAAUUGGAGAUUGAUGUUUGGAGUCACCGCUAUCCCGCCCAUGCUUGUGUGUGCCCAGGUCUACUUCUGCCCCGAGUCGCCCAGGUGGUAUAUGAUCCGGAAUCGUUACCACGCUGCAUACGAUGCCCUCUGCAAGCUGCGUCCAUCGAAGUUCCAAGCGGCGCGGGACCUCUACUACAUCCAUGCAGCACUGCAAGUUGAGGAGAAACUCCGUGAGGGCAAACAGCUCUGGCGGGAGAUGUUCACCGUCCCGAGAAACCGACGUGCAGCACAGUCUUCCUUCUUCGUCAUGUUCAUGCAGCAGUUCUGCGGCGUCAACGCCAUCAUGUAUUACUCCUCGUCCAUGUUCACCGACGCAGGGUUCAGCCGAGAAAACGCGCUCCUUGUAUCCCUGGGCUGUGGGAUAACGAACUGGCUUUUCGCCGUACCGGCUAUCUACACAAUCGACACGUUCGGGCGACGGAACCUCCUCCUCACCACUUUCCCCUUCAUGGCUCUCUUCCUCUUCUGGACGGGCUUCUCGUUCUACAUCGAGGGCGAGCAGACUCGCACCGCCAUGGUGGCAACGGGGAUUUACCUGUUCAUGAUCGUCUACUCGCCAGGGGAAGGCCCAGUGCCAUUCACAUACUCUGCUGAGGCAUUCCCUCUCUACAUCCGCGACGUCGGCAUGUCCUUCGCAACGGCCACGACAUGGGGCUUCAACUUCAUCGUCAGUCUGACCUGGCUCUCGUUGAGAGACGCAUUUACGCCGCAGGGUGCAUUUGCGUGGUACGCUGCCUGGAACAUAUUUGGCUGGAUAACAGCAUACUUUUGUCUGCCGGAGACAAAGGCACUCUCCCUCGAAGAACUGGACCAGGUGUUCUCUGUGCCCACGACGCAGCAUGCGAAGCACUAUGCGGAGAUGUUGCCCUGGUACUUUAAGAAGUGGAUCCUCAGACAGGAUGUCGAGCCGCAGAAGCAGCUCUAUGAGUACCACUAAGCUGGUGGGUAAGGCAAUGAAAGGGUAUGCGUUGCAAGGGUUGUCAGCGUAAGCUUCAACUUCAGCUAUGGUGUUGCGAAUCCUCGUUCUGUUGGUUUUAAGACGGCGAGGAUGGUGCCGAUUUUGGGGCCAGUAUAAUCAUGUAUGCUAAGUUCAAUCCGCUAAGAUACCUGAUAAUUGGAAUCC